GAUCCAAGUGUGCGGCAGCAAAUCCACCGCCCCCUCACCCGUCUCUGCUCUGCUCUGCUCUCUGUUCCUCGCGGCACGCUAGCUAUUCGAUGGCCACCAGGAUGUGCGGCCGCGCCGGCGAGCCGGCGGUGCGCAAGGGCCCGUGGACGCUGGAGGAGGACCUCAUCCUCGUCAGCUACAUCUCGCAAAACGGCGAAGGAUCCUGGGACAACCUCGCGCGCUCUGCCGGGCUGAACCGGAACGGGAAGAGCUGCAGGCUGCGGUGGCUCAACUACCUGAGGCCCGGUGUGCGGCGGGGCAGCAUCACGCCGGAGGAGGACAUGGUCAUCCGGGAGCUCCACUCCCGGUGGGGGAACAGGUGGUCCAAGAUCGCCAAGCACCUCCCCGGCCGGACCGACAACGAGAUCAAGAACUACUGGAGGACCAAGAUACACAGGAAGCCGCGCGGCAGGAGCCAGCUGCUGCAGGAGCCGUGCGAGGACGCCAUGGGCAUGGGCAUGUCCACCACCACCAGCGAGGCGGCGUCGACGUCGGCGUCGAGCGGCCAGAGCCAGGCCAGCCCCGGCGUCUGGGAUGAGUACAUGCAGGCGAGCAGCUUCCCUCACCCGGAGCUUGUCUCCUUCGCCGCCGACCACCACCUCGAAAUGGCCGGCGUGGGCGAGGUCGCCGCCGCCGCCGCCGCGCAGUUCGUCCCGACUGAGUUCGGUUUCAAUGACGGCUUCUGGAACUUCGUGGACAACUUCUGGGAGACGAUGCCGGUUUCAGACGUGGUGUGACGCGCGCCACGCAAACCAAUUAACCGCGCGCGCGGCAGCAACUAGCUAGCGAAUAUAAUAGCACUAUAGCCUAUAGAGAGAAGAUACAAGAUACAGAAAUCGUCAACGAUGUCUCUAUACUUGCUUGUAGAGGCGGAUGUUUCAGAUACUUGAUCUCGCUUUUUGUUCGUGAGAGAACUUUUUUGGCGAGGUUAAAAAGAUGCUCUUCUGCACUCUGUGAGGUUCUGAAUUCUGAUACUUCAGAAAGCUACGACAAUAGUACAAGCUAAGAUUUAAUAGUAGCACAUGCAAAUGAGUGAAUCUGUAAUUCCGAAUCUUUUUGACAACACACGUUGUUGUAUCUGCGUCACUGCAUGUGCAGUGGCCCCGGUACUAAUACUACUGAGAUUUGGUUCUAUUUA